AUGCCUGUCGACCGCAUGCCGCCACCGACGCAAUCUGGCUCGAAAUCUACCUUGCUAGCAGCGCAAGCUGAUAAUACGAAAGUGCCAACGUUGUCUGACUCAGAGCUUACUUCUAAUGUGUCAAAACGCAGCAAAAGAAGAAGAGAAGAAAUUGGAGAAUCAGAAAUGUUAGCAUUCAAAUCAGAAAUUUUAUGUGUGUUUGGGGAGUUUGAAAAGAAACAGCAACAAUACUUUCUGUCUUUGCAGUCGCUGAUAGAACAAAUUAAAGAACAAAAUGCCGAAUUACAGGAGUCUGCGGCAAAAUAUGAUGGUGUAUUGGAGAGAUUAGUUCAACUUACAUAUAACAUAACAUAA